AUGGAAACAAAGAAGAAAAAUCGCAGCGUAUUACGUGCCGGGUUUACAAGAUGCGCGAAUGAAUUAGAACAAUUACUUGUGGCGGAAGAGGCUGAUCCUCAAAGUGUAAGUGUUGUUUGGGAAAUGUUGCAGCGCAAAAAUGAAGCUUUGGAGGAAGUGGAUAAUGAAAUCUACAGUCUUUUGCUGGAAGACGGUACAAUUAGCGAACUGGACUUGCUGGCUGAAAUGGAUGCCAUCGAUGGUUACAGGAAGAGGUUCAUCGAUAUCAAACUACGACGUAUGGAGUUUGAUAAACAAUCUGUUGGGGCAGGUUCAUCUUUAGAAGUUGAUGAUGGUAAUGCAGAGCAGAGAUCCGUCGCAAACAGUGUAGUAAGUGGAAGCACCGUAAUUGGUAAGCGAAAAUUCAAAUUACCUACAAUAGAAUUGAAGAAGUUUGGCGGGGACAUCAAAGACUGGCUUCCGUUCUGGGCGCAAUUUAGGAAAGUACACGAGGAUUCAGAGAUAGACGCGAGUGACAAAAUUUCUUACUUGAUUCAAGUUACGAUACCUGGCAGUCGCGCCAGACAAUUAGUCGAGAGUUUUCCUGCGAUUCAGGAAAACUACGGAAAAAUUGUUGAAGCUUUAGUUUCUAGAUUCGGGCGCGAUGAUUUGCAAAUAGAGGUGUACGUCCGAGAACUCUUGAAACUCAUCCUAAAUAACGCGAUGUCCCGUG